AUGGAUGUCGUCAUUGCUAAUGAAAACAGCAACAGCAUAAGUGUACUACUCGGAUAUGGGGAUGGUACCUUUGCAAAUCAAACAACUUAUGCUACUGGCACUGGUCCAGGAUCUAUAGCUGUUGGUGACUUCAACAACGACACUCGACUGGAUAUCGUCACCACUAAUUACAAGAGCAACGAUGUAAGUAUACUUCUCGGAUAUGGCAAUGGUUCCUUUGCAGAUCAAACAACUUAUUCUACUGGCUCUGAACCACGUUUUGUAGCUGUUGGUGACUUCAACAACGACACUCGACUGGAUAUUGUGGUUGCUAACCGUGUUAGUAAUACAAUAGGUGUACUUCUUGGAUAUAGCAAUGGUUCCUUUGCAGAUCAAACAACCUAUUCCACUGACUCUGAACCAUGGUCUGUAGCUGUUAGUGACUUCAACAACGAUAUGCGACUAGAUAUUGUUGUUGCUAAUUCAGGAAGCAACAAUGUGGGCGUUUUUCUCGGAUAUGGCAAUGGCAGUUUUUUAGACGUAACGACUUGUUCCACUGGCUCUGGCCCACUGUUUGUAGCUGUUAGUGAUUUCAACAACGAUACUCGAAUGGAUAUCGUUGUCGCUAAUACAGGGGAACAAAAUAUAGGUGUAAUGCUUCAAGAGAAUAUCGUAGGUCUUGGAAAUGCAGAGACGUUUGUAUCUGGUGAUGGUUCCGACUUGCGGUGUCUUGUUGUUCGUGAUAUGAAUAACGACAAUUACUUGGAUAUGGUGGUUGCUAAUUACGGCAGUAAAACAAUAGGCGUUCUUAUUGGUAAUGGGGACGGUACUUUUACAAAUCAAGUAACGUAUUCAACUGGCUCUCGUCCGAACUCUGUAGCUGUAGAUGAUUUCAACAAUGACACUCAUUUGGAUAUUGCUAUAGCCAAUUAUGAUAGUAAGAGUGUAAGUAUGCUGCUUGGAAAUAUCAAGGGAACAUUUACGGUACAAACCAGUAUUGGAACUCGUUUUCCUUUUGCUCCCUCUCUUCUUGCAGUUGGUGAUUUGAACAAUGAUGGACGAUCAGAAAUUAUAGUUGCCCAUGAUAGCAGUGACGUCAUCCAUAUACUUGUUGCAUAUGACGUCGGAUCGUUAACAAAUCAAAUCACCUUUUCUACUGGUACUUAUCCAAGCUCUGUAGCUGUUGGUGAUUUCAACAAUGACACUCAAUUGGAUAUCGUCGUUGCUGAUCACUAUACCAAUACUAAGAAAUUGAAUAGUUGUCUUGAAGAAAAUUCGAAAACAAAAAGUACUUGA